CCCACGAAACCCGCAUCGAGCAACUCGAAGAUCUCAAAAACAUCUCAACCAACGCCGACUUCUACGAGAAGCUCGCAUCCGGCCGGAUCGCGACUUCAGAGGCUUCCGCAUCGACGAUAUCUGGUGAUGUCGCAAGCAAAACUUUUGCGCAACCGUACUGCGUCCCCGUGCCGAUAACGUUGAAAGCGCAGCUGGGAAGUCCUACGGCUUUGGGAAUUGGGGCGUUCGCUACUACGCUGACGACGUUGUCGUUCGCUUUGAUGGGGUUUCGUGGAGUUACGGUUACGAAUGCUUUUGUGGGGAAUUUCUUCGCGGUGGCGGGGAUUGGGAUGGCGGUUUCGGCUAACUGGGAGCUGGUGCUUGGAAACACGUAUGCGUACACGGUCUUGUUCGCUUUCGGGAUGUUCUAUCUCGGACUUGGAGUUAUCGUGACGCCGUAUUUUGGUGUUGCUGAAUCGUAUGGCGGCGCGCAUACACCAGAGUAUAACAAUGCACUGGGGUUUUUUGUUCUCAUGUGGGCUGUGUGGAACCUCUUCUUCUUGAUAGGAAGCCUGCCGCUCAAUCUUGUGUACAUUGGCAUUUUCUUUACGGUGCAGAUGGCCUUCACUCUCGCUGCUGCUGCGUAUUUCUUGGCCGCGGAUGGUGAAGCUGAGACCGCUAGCGCUGUGAACACUGCUGCUGGAGCUUUUGCGUUUGCAUCAGGUAUGCUAGGCUAUUACACCGUAGCUAACCUUAUGUGCGCGGAAUGCUUGCAUUUCAGCUUCCCGAUGGGUGAUACAAGUCGGUUCUUCAGGAAGAAGCAGAAGAGCGCAUAGGAGGCGGAU